UCUUCUUUCUUCUGGACAAGAUACAAACAAAACCCACACAAAAAGACAAUGAAAGGAAGAGUCAUCGCUCUUACAAACCUAAACGACCUCGAACUACACAAUUUCUUGGUCGAUCCAAACUUCGAUCAGUUCAUAAAUAUCAUAAGAGGAGAUGAUCAAACCAUCGAAAACCCACCUCUCGAUUUCGAUCUUGGUGGUCCUUUACACAACAGCCCAUGUUUCAUCGACGAGAGCCAGUUCAUCCCAACACCUGUCGAUGACCUGUUCGACGAGUUGCCUGAUAUAGACUCCAACGUGGCCGAAUCGUUCCGUAGCUUCGAGGGUGAGAGUGUUGUAAGAGCAGGAGGCGAAGACGAUUACAACGACGGCGAUGAUUCUUCUGCCACCACCACGAAUAAUGAAGGAAGCCGUAAGAAGAAGACGGAUCGGUCGAGAACUUUGAUCUCCGAGAGAAAAAGGAGAGGUCGGAUGAAGGAUAAGCUCUACGCAUUGAGAUCUCUUGUUCCAAACAUUACUAAGAUGGAUAAAGCAUCCAUUGUGGGAGAUGCAGUGGCGUACGUUCAAGGACUGCAAUCACAAGCCAAGACACUCAAAGCUGAUAUUGCUGGCCUUGAAGCUUCUUUGACUUCCACUGGAGGGUACCAAGAACCUGCAUCAGUUGCUCAGAAGAGUCAAACUUUCCGCAGUAUUAAUCCACCGGUUUCCAAGAAAAUCAUUCAGAUGGAUGUUAUUCAAGUAGAGGAGAAAGAGUUUUACGUAAGAUUGGUGUGUAAUAAAGGAGAAGGUGUUGCUGCAUCACUAUACAAGUCCUUGGAGUCACUUACAAGUUUCCAAGUGCAGAACUCCAACCUAAGCUCCCCUUCUCCUGAGACAUACCUCUUAACAUAUACAUUAGAUGUAAACCAACUUGUUCCUUUCUACCUUUUUUGUGGUUUCUUUAAGUUUAUGUUUAGUAAGUACCGAGUUUGCUUGUUUGCUGAAAACAGGGGACAUGUUUUGAACAGAGCUUAAACUUGCCUAACCUGAAGCUGUGGAUUACUGGAUCACUUCUAAACCAAGGUUUUGAAUUCAUCAAGCCAUUCACUUGAUUCUGUAACGCUAUGUUCCAAUCUGAUUAAAACCCGGUUGUCCAUCUCAUUGAUUGUCUUCCUUUCUGUAUGUUUCAUAACUUUCCAGCUAUCUAAUUUUUAUUUUGAAGCUGAUGUAAGUGAUUCUCUAUUGAAUAAAUA